AUGGAGGUGGUACCGGUGAUGGAACAUAAACGGACCCGUCCUCAGGAUGUCAAGGUGCUAGAUGAUGGUACUGUAAUGAAACUCCAGAAAACAAGGCAACGAAGGAUUCUAAGUUGUGUGCAUUGUCACCUGAAGAAGAUCAAGUGUUCCAGAGUACAGCCAGUGUGCAACAACUGCUCUAAACAAGGUAUUCCAUGUAAGUACUUUGUGAACGAGAGGGUGUCUAAAGGUGGAAGAAGAAGAGGCAUCAAGAAAGAACCAGAGCCUGACGAAGUGGCUCUUCCCAUGGGCAGCACGCUGUCUGAAUCAAGUGAUUCUACGAAACUGAGACAGAAUUCGGUGACUCAAGAGAAUAGGUCUUCACGGUCCCUGGCGUCUGACUAUGAAAAAGAUGAGCCAAAGAAACAGACUGAAAUCAUGCAAGAUUCUCCCAUGACGUACCUUCUAGGUCCCUACUACCAGAAAUCAGGCCAACCGCCAGGCCUUUCUCCAGAUAUGGCUACUCCCAAUAUCCUCCAGGCACCUAUAGUCAACCAGACAAGCAACAACAUCACGAAUAACUUCUUUGGAACGAAUUACGCCAAUAGGACUGGUCUGGAUGAACAGCCUGAAGAGUACGCCUUCAAUUUAAGCACCUUUGCAUUUGCCAACGAUAUGCUCUCGAAGAACCUGCCGCUUACAGAUAAACCAGACGAGGCCAGGCCCGGCAGCGAGCUUCAGAGCAGGAUAAACUCAAGUUCAAACCUUUCAAACAUGUAUAAGAAUACGAACUUGAACGCCAAUCCGCUUUCCAAUUCGAACGGCACGCUGAAAAACUUCCUAGAUGGGCCUACUGAACCUGUGGUGCCUCUUGCUUAUACCCAAAGGAACUCCCAGCCGAAUAACCCUGGCCUUCACAAUUCGCUUAAUGCCUACUCUUCGAAUCCAGCCACGACAGUGAACUACCUUUACGGCACGAAUACUUAUUAUGAUAAUGACAAUUUACUUACGGACCUACUCACGCAUUUGCCAAAUUCUAGAGCCCGUUCUUUCGAGUUGCUUGAACGCUACAUCAACUCUGUGCAUAUCUUGCUUCCUGUGAUGGUCAACUUGAGCGAGUUCAUCAAGGAGCACGAACGGUAUUGGGAUCUUUAUGACCCUUAUAAGAACAUUGGGUCUGCUUCUCCAGCAUCUUCCCUUCACUCGGGCUCGGACAGCACAAAUUCCAAGGACUUUAACCUUCUUCAAUUCUACACGCUUUAUUUCCCUGUUCUUUAUGCAUCUACGAUUUCCGAAUUUGAAGAGUACGAUAACCUUCUUUUGAACCAGGACAUCAACAAGUACUUGAAGGGUUUCAACAAGAUCUGUCAGUACUACAAUUAUCCACAUGGCAUCAAGACUAUGCCUUUGCUUCUAGGCAAUGUCAUUAUUCAGUCCACGUCUCCAAAUCCUUCUACGAUGGAAAUGUCCCAGAUUAUUCGUUACGCUAAGUUCUUGCAACUCCACAAAGAUCCAGUCAUCUCGCUUAGAAUUCAGGAUUGGAAAGUGAUCAAGUUCCGCAGACUCUUAUGGUGGGUUAUUUUUGGCCUUGACGCCUUGAGUAGUCACAAUUUCUGCUUACCUCCAGUUUGCAAGUUUGACGAUUUCAAUGUGGUGAUGCCCGAAGACGAAGAUCCUGUUUUUGAUGAAAACGGCAUGGUUAUCAAGAAGACGUUGAACGUUACUAUUCUUGCAAUGCUUGUGAAGUUUAAAUUCGAUAGGAUUUUGAGUGAGCUUGUCUACCAGCUUCAUAAUGGGCUUUCUACGAAUAUCACUCCUGAAGAGACAGACGAGAUCAAACGCAUGAUUGUUAACUUAUUCCACUUCAUUCACAAGUCCAUCAACAAGAUCACCAACUAUUACCAAGCUCGUCCACCCAAGACCGUUCAGGAAAUGAACCUACUUAAUUUUAUUAAGAACCACUCCUGGAGUUUUGUUGAUAGAGCUUUGAUGCUUUUGCAUAAGAAGAUCUUGCUUAGAGAUCCCCAAGGGUUCCUCAUGAAGGAAGAGUUGCCAACACGAAAAACGACAUUAUCCCUUAGCAAGUAUGAAGAUACGUUUGGAAGAAUUCAAGAAGCUAACAUUAUCAGCAACUUUGACAGUUCAUCAAUUUCCCAGCUUCGUUUCAACCAGAAUGAGCUCUUCACUUAUGAGAACCUUCACAAUAACUUGAUUCCUUCCAUCUUGCACAACUUGAACGAUUUCCUCAAGUACAACGAUUUCAUCAAGUUUGGCAAGUUCAACUGGUACGUCAAGAGAACCAUCCCAUUGGACUCGAUCAUUUUGCUAUUCAUCAUCAUGUGUGUGAAGUUCAAGUACGAGUUUAUGACGGUGAAUGAGUUGGUCAUCUACGUUAAGCUCAUCAACAAGGCGCUCUUCAUUCUCAACAGAAAGUACUUUAAGAACGAAAAGUACAAGAGAAUGUUAUCGUUGACAAACCUAACCUGGGAGUACAUUCUCAAAAAGUACCACGUUAUCAAGUUGGUGAGCGUGGUGAACGAAUCUAAACCAGGCAGAAUCGAGUUCUUUGACUACCAGGUGAGCGGCUACAUGAACAUGAGUGAGCUUUUCAACAUCAUGGAUGUUCCACAGCCAGCAUUAAUCAGCAAUGGCGUGAAUCUCGGAAGUAUACAGCACGAAGAUUCACAUACAUUCGAAAAGAGUUCAUGGGAAGAAGAUCUGGAUAAAGACGAAGCGGAACUGAUCAAAGCCAUGAACCAGAGCGUCUUCCUCAACAAACCCGAUCCCAACGAAGGUAAAAGUCUAGCGGAAAUCCAAAGCCAACGACACGAACUACUGCAGUUGAACGAGAAGAUCUACUACGAUUUGCGGAACAACUUUGUGGAUAUCAACGACUACUGUACCUUCUACUCAUCGCUUGAGAAUGUUCUACACGAACUCAUGGAUUAUAUUAACGAGACCACGAAAGGCACAUAG